AUGUUCACGGCAACCGAUGGCAAUGCUCCCAAGGCAGGAAAUUACCAAUCUGAGAAAGACAAGGCCAGCAAUGGAUCUCAGGGAGCUCCCGACGCUGCCGAAUACACUGGCGCCAACAUAUCAACAUCACCAAACCCUCGUUUGCGUCGAAAAAGGAUCGUAGUGGGAAUAACUGGUGCCACUGGUGCAAUCCUCGGAAUCAAGAUACUCAUCGCACUGCGACGGCUAAAUAUUGAGAGCCACCUCAUUAUCAGCAAAUGGGCUGAGGCAACCAUAAAGUACGAAACAGACUAUUCACCAAAGAACGUGCGUGCUCUCGCAGAUUAUACCCACAGCAUCAACGAUAUGGCAGCCCCAGUGUCGAGCGGCUCUUUUAAGACAGACGGCAUGAUUGUAGUACCUUGUUCAAUGAAAACAUUAUCUGCAAUAAGCUCCGGCUACUGUGAUGACCUGAUCUCUCGGACCGCAGAUGUUAUGCUGAAGGAGCGGAGGAAGCUGGUACUGGUGGCAAGGGAGACUCCCUUGAGCGACAUUCAUCUACGCAACAUGCUAUCCGUCACGCAAAGUGGUGCGAUCAUAUUCCCACCAGUGCCAGCUUAUUACAUCAAGGCCUCUAGUAUAGACGGCCUUACAGACCAGACCGUGGGACGCGUGUUGGAUUUAUUUGACCUCGACACGGAUGAUUUCGAACGCUGGGAAGGAUGGAAAAAGACAACAUAG